AUGGGUCUCGGCGUUUUAGAAUCAAAGUCCUUGGACCAUGUUCCAGGCACGACGCGCUACUUCGACGACCCCGACCGCCCACAGGCCGCGACCAACGCUCAUCACGGAUUGAAGGUCGAUAACAGCGGAGAUGUUCCCAUUAUUUUGAUUCCCCAGCCCUCCGACGACCCGAACGACCCCCUCAAUUGGCCACUCUGGAAGCGUGACCUCAUCACCUUUGUUCUGUCCAUAACCGCCAUAUUUGCCACGGCUCUGGGUCCCAUUCUCGCUGCAAACACCGUUACCAUCGCGCUCCUCUUCCGCAAGAGCUUUACGUCCAUCGCGCUGCUGACGGGCUACUUCCUCCUUGGAGUAGGCGCCGCUGCUAUCUUCUUCGUGCCCUCAGGACGUGUAUGGGGGAAGCGCCAUCUUUUCAUCCUGGGAAUAUGCAUCCUCAUUGGGUCGUCCGCCUGGGCCGGCGCCGUUGGCACCAACUACAACUCUCUCCUUGGCGCCCGUGUCGUCCAGGGCAUCGGCUGUGCUCCGUUCGAGACCCUUGUCAACGCUGCUGUCGGUGAUUUGUACUUCGUACAUCAGCGUGGCUCGCGCAUGGCCUUCACCAACUUGGCCGUUUUCGGCGGUGCCUUCUUCACACCCAUCGUUGUUGGGAAAAUUACCCACAGCAUCGGCUGGUGGUGGACCUUCUACCUGGAAGCCAUCUUCUGCGCCAUCAUGCUGCCUGCCGUUUUCUUCCUGUGCCCCGAGACGGCCUAUCGUCGCGACGCUGCUCUAAACACCGACAUGGUAGCCAACACCAGUGACCACGAGAUGAAGAAUCUGGAUAUGAACCACGGUCAUGACAAGAAUUCUGCCGAUACGACGACGCUUGUGCCUGGUAUGGCCUCCAACUAUGGCGCACACAUUCCCGAGAAGACGUUUAUGCAGUCGCUCAGUCUCUUUGAUGGCCGCAAAACUGAUGAAAGCUACUGGAAAUUGCUUUUGCGCCCGUUUCCACUGUUCGCUCAGCCAGCGUUCCUCUGGGGCUGCCUCGUUCAGGGAACCAUGAUCGGUUGGACGGUCUUCAUCGGAGUCAUCGUUGCCGCCAUUUUCCUCGGACCCCCUUACUACUGGAAUGAGGUAUACGCCGGUUAUGCCUACGUGGGUGCUUUCGUCGGAGCUCUCGUGGGAUUCAUUAUUGCAGGUGUCUUCUCCGACUGGAGCGCCAAGUUCAUGACUCGGCGCAACAAUGGCAUCUACGAGCCGGAGUUUCGCAUCGUCAUGGUGCUCCCAAUGUUCAUCAUUGGGGGCAUCGGCCUGUACGGCUUCGGCAUCACCUCUGCAGGGCUUAUCAGCAAGGAGUUCCACUACAGCAUUCCUCUUGUAUUCUUCGGCUUUGAGGUCGCUGGCAUGGUAAUUGGCGCUGUGGCCAGUUCCCUCUACAUUGUUGACGCCUACCGUGAUCUCGCCAUCGAAGGCUUCACUUGCAUGAUUAUCUUCAAGAACAUUUUCAGCUUUGGACUGACGUACAGCGCCUACGACUGGAUCAUUGCCGGUGGCACCAAGCGCACGAUGAUCGCUAUUGCCAGCGUGCAGGUUGUCGUCUGCGCAACGAGCAUUCCAAUGUAUAUUUAUGGAAAGCGUGUUCGUGCCUACUUCCACCAACACGACCUGCUCAAGUUGACUGGCCUUCGCUGA